CCCACAAUUCCGCUUGUCUCACUUCCUGGCUAGGUUACGCGCAGCGUCGCUGUUAUGUUUUGGAGCUACAGUGGAUACAAAUCAGACAGUAGGACGCUUUUUGUGUAAUAAUAUUGAACGUAUGUGAUUAUUAUUCACUCCCGUGAACUUACCUGGUGAUAAUGGAGCCACAGGUGCGCUGUGUUUGGCUUCUUAUGUAGGCUAAGCUAGGUUAGCAGGCUAGUUAUCGAGGACUUGAGUUGUUUUUCAGUUUAAUUCAACAUGUAUACGUUAUUAUCUGGGUUAUAUAAAUACAUGUUCCAGAAGGACGAGUACUGCGUCCUCAUCCUGGGACUGGACAACGCGGGGAAAACGACGUUUCUGGAACAGACAAAAACGAAGUUCAGUAAGAACUAUAAGGGCAUGAACUUAUCCAAGAUCACAACCACAGUUGGCCUGAACAUCGGUACGAUCGAUGUGGGAAAAGCUCGUCUGAUGUUCUGGGACCUGGGGGGUCAGGACGAGCUGCAGUCUCUGUGGGACAAAUACUACGCCGAGUCUCAUGGAGUCAUCUAUGUGAUCGACUCGACUGAUGAGGAGCGUCUGUCAGAGUCAAAGGAGGCCUUCGAGAAAAUGAUAAGCAGUGAAGUGUUAGAAGGCGUCCCUCUCCUCGUGCUUGCCAACAAGCAGGAUGUGCCGAACUGUCUGUCCGUCCCUGACAUUAAAACGGCGUUCAGUGACUCUGCCCCCAAGAUCGGAAAGAGGGAUUGUUUGGUGCAGCCGUGCACGGCGCUCACAGGGGACGGCGUGAACGAGGGCAUCGAGUGGAUGGUGAAGUGUGUGGUCAGAAACAUCCACAGACCUCCUCGACAGAAGGACAUCACAUAGACGAGACUCUGAGGACCAACCACGUCACAGCUGACUCCUCCUCCUGUUUGACUCCUAAGACUUUUCUUCACAGGGCAUAGCACAUCGUGAGCUCUGAUUGGACGUCUGUGUGCCCGCCUUUUUUCAUCUCUGUGUAGAUGCUGUGACAUCACGUCUCGCAGGAAACUACUCGACUGCAUUUUGUUUGAAUGAAGUUAUUUACAGUAAAGCUGAACUGACAUGAAAGAGUUAAUAUGGAUUUAUUGAUGAGAAGGAAGUUUGAAAUAAAAACUAUUUUCCACUUUAA